AAAAAGAAACCUUGGGAAGGCUACCCAGACUUUAUAGAUUGGGCUUGGUGAUGGUAGUCCAGUACACUCAGAAGGAUAGUGAAUCAGGAGAUGAUGUUGCUCAAUCUGGUGAUUCUCUUGUGAAAGCUGUGUCAGAUCAGAUUAGCAUCAUGAGGCACACACUGUUGGAAUCUGAGGAGAAAGCUCGACAAAGAAGCCAAGAGGUUGCUAGACAGUUGGAUGAGUCUUUUCAGAAUCUGGCUCAGAAUUUAGCCCAAAGUGUAGCUGACAUGCGACGCUCCAAUGAAGAAACUUCAGCACUCGGGGGGCAAGUUAAUCUGCCACAGCCACCUCCCCAGAUUCAACAGGUAGCAGGCGGACCAGUGCAGCCAGAUCCUGUUGAGGCAGCACCACGUGCAGCAGAUCUGGGACAGUACAUCAAUCAUGAUCAGAUCAUCGACAUGGUGCAAGAGGCUUAUGAUCCAGUUUUGAGGCCUCUAGUCAGACCAGCUUACAGAAAACCAUAUUCAGAUUUCAUAGACCAAGAGAAUCCUUUUCCAAGAGGGUUUAAGGUUCUAGAAUUCACUUUAUUUUCUGGAGAUGGUGGAUAUUCUACAAUUGAACACAUAGGCCGCUUCACAAUUCAGUGCGGCGAGGCCUCCGGUGAUGAUAAUCCGAAGCUCAGACUUUUUCCCAACUCAUUAACUAGUACAACUCUCACCUGGUAUUUGGGUCUGCCACAGAAUUCAGUUUAUACUUGGAGGCAGAUGGAGGACCUUUUCCAUAUCCAGUUUUACCGUAGUGAGCCAGAAGUGUCCAUGGCAGAUUUAUCUCGUCUGGAAUUUGUCAAGCUCGCACAAAAUGGUCUGGACAUUGAAUUGAGGAAAAAGUUUGAGGGAAUGAAGUUUUGUGAUUUCUUUGAGUUGUCUUACAAGGUGACUCGUUAUGAAAAUUUAUUGCAAGAGGACACACAAAGGAAAUCUGCAUCUGAUGGGACUUAUUAUGAUAAAAUCGACAAGGGAAUUCUACGUUUUCCAGAUAAGGCUAAAGAAACUAUGGGAGUUGAUGCAUAUCCAUUCCCUACCAUGUCUGUUGGGGUGAAUACGGCAGAUCUCAGGAGCAUUGCUAGGGAUAGAACUCAGACAUACUAUAGGCGUAGACUUGCAGCUGAUGAUCUGAGGUGGGUCAUUGAGGAAGCAAGGGCUCGUAGAAAUCAGGCCCAGCCGCUCCCAACAAGGAGAAAAUCAGUGUGGAUCUAUAAAGAAAAAGGGAGCACAUCUAGUCAGAAUUCUCUAGAAAAGGAGGAACCACCCAGAAGUCCAACAUCACCUCGAAUUCUGGCUGUGGAAUCAAAUGAAGAAACCGGUUUGAAGGUGAAAUUUGACAUGUCAGAUGAAGCGAAAAAUUCAUCAAAUGUAAUUUGUUUUGAUUUGACUGAAGAAGAAGAAGUCAUUGAGAUCCUAGCUAAGGAAGAUAGUGGCAUGGAUUCAGCAAAUAAAAUCAUUUUUGAAAAACUAGAAGAGAGGAUGGCCAGACAUAUCAGGCCAUUAUACAUUCAUGCACAUCUGGAUGGUAUGCCGAUAAAUCGGGUUCUGGUUGAUAAUGGAGCAGCUGUCAAUGUUUUGCCAACUUGUAUUUUGCAUAAAAUUGGCAAAUCUUUGGGUGAUUUGAUGGAGACAGAAGUGAUUAUCAGUGACUUUACUGGUGGAGUAAAUCGCUCAAGGGGAAUUCUGCUAGUAGAACUUACUGUUGGAAAUAGAACUCUCAUGUGUGCAGUCUUUGUGGUUGACACCAUUGCCACUUAUAAUGCAUUUCUUGAGAGAGAUUGGAUACAUUCCAGCUGGUGUGUUCCUUCGACUCUGCAUCAAAAAUUGAUAUUUUGGGCUGGUGGCAGAACUGAAGUCGUGAUAGCAGAUGACAAGCUGUUUUUGGAAAAUAUCAAUGCAGUGGAAGCUCGUUAUUAUGAUGAAGAUAUUGGGACUAUCCGUUUCUUUGGGAUGGACUACAGAUCUGAAGUAAUCUAUGAAGGUGAAGAGGAAGACUUGAAGGAUCAAAUAACUUUAGAGGAAUUAGAUAUGGCACCAGCAAAACUUGAUGAUCUGAAGGCAGAAGUACAAGAUCCCCUAGAGGAGGUUAAUCUGGGUACUGAGGCAGAUCCGAAAAUUACUUUUAUUAGCGAUUCUCUUGAGCCAUGUUUGCAUGAUAAAAUUAUCAAUAUUUCGCGUGAUUACAAGGACUGUUUUGCUUGGGACUAUUUUGAAAUGCCAGGUCUGGACAGAAAUCUGGUACAGCACAGAUUACCAAUUAGAGAAGAUUUCAAGCCUUUUAAACAACCGCCUAGACGAAUGUCUCCAGAAGUCACCUUGAAAGUCAAAGAAGAGAUAGAGCGGCUGUUGAAGGUUGGUUUUAUCAGAACUUCAAGAUAUGUGGAAUGGUUAUCUAAUGUGGUUACUGUGGUUAAAAAGAAUGGCAAGCUGAGAAUCUGUGUAGACUUCAGAAAUCUAAAUCUGGCAACACCAAAAGAUGAAUAUCCUAUGCCUAUUGCAGAUUUAUUGGUGGAUGGUGCAGCACGAUAUCUGGUGCAUGAGCGAGGUCUGCAAGUGGAUCAGAACAAGGCAAAAGCUGUUAUUGAAUACAUGUUGUCUCGACCACUGUUGAGAGGCAGAAUUGGAAAAUGGGUUCUGGCUUUGUCAGAAUUCAACCUGAAGUACAUGCUUCAAAAAGCUAUCAAGGGGCAAGCCUUGGCAAAUUUCCUAGCAGAUCAUCCGUGCCUGGAGCUAGAUUUCAAUUGCAUCAACAACCAAGCUGAAUAUGAGGUGUUGAUUAUUGGGUUAGAAGUGUUGGUAGAGCUCAAGCUCUUAGAGGAAUUUGAUGAUGUAAUCUUGAGGCAUGUUACUCGAGAUCUGAAUACUAAAGCAAAUGAGAUGGCACAAAUCGCCUUAGGCUUAAAAAUCCCAGAAGGCGUGAUGAGCAGAAUUGUUGUUAUGGAAAAACGAAUUCUGCCAUCUAUUCAUAUGUGUGGUAUGGCAAUUUCUGCUUGUUCCAUAGACAUUCACGGACCAUUGCAGAAAGUUCCAGCGUCAAAACUCUAUCCAAUCGUCAAACCAUGGCCAUUUCGAGGAUGGGCCAUAGAUUUGAUCGGUAAAGUUUAUCCUCCUUCAACUAGAGGGCAUUCUUUUAUUAUUGUUGCCACAUAUUACUUUACCAAGUGGGUGGAAGCAAAGCCAAUGAAAAAGGUUGACCAGAUUAAUAUUAUUAAAUUUCUUAAGGAAGAAAUCAUUCACAGAUUUGGUUUGCCAGAAAUAGUGACUUCAGAUCAGGGAACAGUUUUUGUUGGUGCACAAGUUGAGGCGUUUACAAAAGAAAUGGGAUUUAGGUUACUCACUUCAACCCCUCAUUAUGCUCAAGCCAAUGGUCAAGCUGAAGCUUCCAACAGAAUUGUGAUAAAUCUGCUAGAAAAAAUGGUUGAUAAUAAUCCAAGGUGUUGGCAUGAGCUAUUAUCUGACACAAUCUGGGCUUAUAGAACUUCACAAAGGAGUUCUACCAAGGUAGCUCUAUUCUCUUUAACUUAUGGACAUGAUGCUGUUCUGCCCAUGGAGUUAUCUGCUAGAUCAUUGCGUAUAGCAAUUCAACAUGGUCUCACUUUUGGAGAAUAUAAUGAAGCAAUGAUUCUAGAGUUAGAAGCCCUGGAAGGUAUGCGAUUGACAGCCUUAGAUAGGCUGCAAACGUAGAAAUUAAAAGUAGCUCAAGCAU